ACCAAUACACAGAGGUUGAAAUGUAUGAACUCAUAGGGGAGCCAAAAUUGAUUCCUGUGAUACCACACGAUCACUCAGUACUAAGUGGUUCUCUUCCAAGGUACCUUGUGGCAGCGCCGGAGACCACGCACUAUAUGCCUGAAGAGUUCGCGGAGAUCCUAAAAGACCAACUGACGGUGGAGAUUAUAGAUUUUGGUAAUGCAUUUCGAUUACAGGAUGGGAGGCCUCUUAAGCAUCCAGAUAUGCCGCGUAUCAUCUGCCCCCCUGAGUUGACGUUCUACAAGCUAUCCGAUGGUCAAGUCGAAGAUGAGUGGGGCUUGCCCAGCGACGUUUGGUCGAUGGCCUGCACGAUAUGGGAGAUAGCAUUCUCAGACGUGAUGCUCACAUAUGGCAGCGACAACGAUAACAUGCUUAUCUACGAGACAAUGAAACUCGUUGGCCCAUUACCAGAGCGGUGGAAACCAUACUGGAACUCGAAACCUUUCGAAGACUCUGAUGGCAACUUCACGGUUGAUUCUGACGCAAUAUGGAAGAAAAGAUGUCUUACUGAGAACGACGACGAUACUGACAGUGCGGUCACUGUGCUGCGUGACAUGUUAUGCUGGGAACCAAUGUCCCGUCCUACAGCGGCUGAUUUGCUUCGACAUCCUUGGUUCGCGGCCUAAUCAUCAAGCUGGGCUUACCUUUGCGAAACUUGUAUCUCCAAUCAUCAAUGGUCGUUGAGACAUUACCACUUGGCUCGUUGAUACAAGACCACCAACAAUACGUUCUGAUGUCUAAUUUUUGUCGCUACGUUCAUACAGUCAGAUAAUAACUAUAUUACUCGUAACGCCAUGUAAUAGAUCGACUCGCAAAACAUGGUUCUAAGAAGUGUCUUUGCAGGAAUCUUGAUUCUAUGUAGACAAUUUGAAAUCUGUAUCUGCAUCCUGCAUACAGGAUGUGUUGAGGAGCAUCCGAC